AUGGACACCAUUAGGGUGGAGAUUGACACUGCAAAGUCCAGGAUCUCUGUCUGGAACAAUGGGAAAGGUCUUCCCAUCGAAAUCCACAAGGAGCAUGGCUGCUACGUGCCUGAGCUGGUUUUUGGCCACUUAUUAACCAGUGACAAUUACAAUGACUCCGAGAAGAAGGUCGUGGGUGGCCGGAAUGGAUAUGGUGCAAAGCUCACCAAUAUCUACUCCAAGAGCUUCAUCGUGGAGACCGCCGACUCCAGCAGGGAGAAGCGCUAUCGGACACAUCUUGAGGAGGACAUCGUAUCCUUAAUGCAACGGCGCGCGUACGACAUUGCGGCCUCCACACGUGGCCGCUGUCACGUCUUCCUCAACGGGCGCCAAUUGGACGUUCAGUCCUUUGAGGAUUACGUGGGUCUGUUUUUGGAGUCUGAUGACUUCAGGCGAGUGGAGACCUGUGGGGAUCGAUGGCAGGUGGCGGUCGCUUUGACCAAUGGAAGCGGCUUCAGACAGGUAAGUUUCGUGAACUCCAUUUGCACCAGUCGAGGAGGCACACAUGUGAACCACGUCACUGAGCAGGUGGUCGCGCGGGUCAUGGAGGAGAUCGGUCAACAGAAGUCCGACAAGGCUGGACACCUCUCAGUGAAGCCGCAGCACGUGCGGAACCAUCUCUGGAUUUUCGUGAACUGCCUCAUUGAAAACCCCGCCUUCGACUCCCAGACCAAGGAGACGCUCACCACCAAAAAGGAACGCUUUGGCUCGCGCUGUGAGCUCUCUGACGAUUUGUUGCAGGGCAUCGUGGACUGUGGGCUCAUCGAAUCGUUGAAAGAAUGGUCAACGGCGAUGGGAAAGAGCGAGCUCGCCCGGCACUUGAACAAGAGCGAUUUGGGCCUUCAAAAGCGGUUGUUUGGCAUCCCAAAGCUGGAGGAUGCAAACAAGGCGGGCACCAAAGACUCUCAAGACUGCACAUUGAUCAUCACCGAGGGUGACUCAGCCAAGGCUUUGGCCGUGGCAGGCCUCCAGGUGGUGGGCAGGGAUCACUAUGGUGUCUUCCCUCUGCGCGGGAAGCUGCGAAAUGUGCGCGAGCUGACCGUCAAACAGAUGAUGGACAACAAGGAGAUCGAAGCCUUGAUGAAGAUCAUGGCUUUUGAUGCCUCCAAACAGUACGAUGACACCAAGGGCUUGAGAUAUGGCUCCUUGAUGAUCAUGACAGAUCAGGACUUUGAUGGCUCGCACAUCAAAGGCCUGGUCAUCAACUUCAUUCAGCAUUGGUUCCCCGGGCUUCUGCGCUGCGAGGGUUUCCUCCGGGAGUUCGUGACGCCCAUUGUGAAGGUCUGGCGAGGCCGCGAGGUGAUGAGCUUCUUCACGCUGGCGCCGCACAGCAUCGUACGAUCUCCCUCCCCCCUCCCUCUCUCUCUCUCAGGCAAGUACUACAAGGGCCUUGGAACCAGCACAGCAGCUGAAGCAAAAGAAUAUUUCUCCGACCUGCAGCAACACGAACUCACCUUCUUGACCAAUGACGGCGAUGAUGCGCUUAUCGACAUGGCCUUCAACAGCAAGAAGGCGGCGGGCUGCCUGGGAGGGGUUCUCAAUGGCAGUUGGUUUGUCGCCCCUCUGUCGCCCGUCCCCGGCAUCUGCCACUUUUUAGGCUCCGUGUGCACCGCAUGUCCGUUGGGUCAUGGCUUAGCCGGAGACGUCCAAAGAAGGCCGCUAAUGGUGAAUCGUGCCAAGAGCCGUAUUGUUUUUUGGCCGCUUGCCAUGCUAUGUGGUGGCAUGGCAUUCUGCAAGGCAGUCCGCCCAUGCUGGCGCGAGAGCAUGGGCCAGUUGGCGCAGACCAGACGAGGCUUAUGUCAUCUAAUCUUGUUGUCCAGUCAGCCAAGCUGGGCUAGUCUUGAUGGAAUUCCGGAUGUGGGGGACCUCUACGCUGCCCGGAAACGUUACGCACCCAAGAUUGUGGAUGGCUACCAAUCGCUGAAGGCCUCCGGCUCUGUGGCCGAUCCGUGGCUCUCGGACACCUUUCCCAAGAUGAAGAAAGCCAUGGAAAAGUGGGGAGCCAUGCAAAGGCAAGACAUGGCACCAGACAAGAUCAGCCGACAACUCUUGAAGGAUGUGGCCAAAUUUGAGAAGGCGGCCCAAAGCAAGGACUUCACGGCCACCAUGGAAGCGUUCCAGGCAUAUUUGGAUGACUUACCAACUGCAGGGCCCGGUGGCAGUGGAAAGCUGAAUCUGGCGGAUCCACUAGGGAAACCGGGGCAACGGAAAGUGCUUUACUGCGCCUUCCUCAAGAAGCUGAACCAGGAGAUCAAGGUGGCGCAGUUCUCGGGCUUCGUCGCCGAGAAGAGUGCCUACCACCAUGGCGAAUCUUCACUGCAGGGCACAAUCAUUGGUAUGGCCCAGAACUUUGUUGGCAGCAACAACAUCAAUCUCCUGGCGCCUCAGGGCCAGUUUGGCACGCGCAUGGCGGGCGGUAAGGACCAUGCAGCCGCCCGGUACAUUUUCACCAGGCUGUCCAGAACGGCUCGCUUCCUUUUCCCACCGGACGAUGACCCUGUGCUGGAGUACCAGUCGGAAGAGGGGCAGCGGAUAGAGCCGAAAUGGUAUUGUCCCGUGCUUCCGAUGGUCCUGGUGAACGGAGCGGAGGGCAUUGGCGUGGGCUGGAGCACCUCGGUGCCGAAUUACAACCCCCGCGACCUCAUCGCCCACCUCCGGCGGCGCCUCCGUGGGCAACCGCGAGGGGAGCGGCUCGUGCCCUGGUACCGCGGCUUCCGCGGCACCGUGGCGCGCGUGGCGGAGCACGAGGGACGCUUUGAGACCAUUGGUGUGAUACAGAGGCGAGGCCUGACCAAGAUCGAGGUGACCGAGUUGCCAGUCCGAAGGUGGACACAAGACUACAAGGAAUGGAUCAUGGAGCAGAUGCAUGAGAACAAUGGCAAGCGAGCCAUGAUCUCUGAGUUUCGAGAGCAUCAUACAGACAACACGGUCCACUUCAGCCUGAGCAUGCUCCCAGAAAAGGUGGCCACUGCUGAAGAGAAAGGCUUUGAGAAGGCCAUGCACUUGAAAUCUUGGAUCUCGACCUCCAACAUGUUCCUCUUCGAUGCAAAGGGGAAGUUGAAGAAGUAUGACUCACCUGAGGAGAUCCUAGAGGAGUUUGCUGUUGUGAGGCUGCAAGUGUACCAGCAGAGAAAGGAGCACCGGAUUCGUCAGAUUCAAAAGGAGGCGGCCUACAUGAGUGAGAAGGCCAAAUUCAUCCGAAUGGUGGCGGAAGGAGAGCUGGAAGUGGAAAACCGCCCGGCGCAGCAGGUGUGUGCAGAGUUGCAGCGCUUGGGCUUCCGGACCAAGCAUCAGAUCGAGCAAGGGGAUGUUGAGCUGAGAAGUCCAGAGCCAAAACGAAAGAGGUUGAGGGCCGUGAUUCCGGUGCCCGACCAAGACUUGGACUUGUUCGGACCGGAUGGCUACGGAUACCUGCUCAAGAUGAAGAUGUGGACGUUGACUGAGGAGCGCGCUGCCAAGUUGAUGGAGGAGCUGGAGAAGUUGAAGGAACUGUGGCCUGGAGAGCAUUCCGAGACGACGACUCACACGCGAGAUUUCAAUCGGUGA